AUGGGGUUUGUUGAACCCCAGUGCAAACUCAGAGGAAUCCCUUUUUACCCUCUUUUACAGAAGGAUGGAGACAUCACCCUUGGAGGCAUUUUUUCUUUCCAUAGUAAUUGGAAGAAUAAUAAAAAUUCAUACUCGGAGGCUCCAACUCCACUACAAUGCACCAGUCUUAAUUUCAGGGCAUUCCAAUAUGCUCAAACAGUACUGUAUGCAGUGGAGGAGAUCAACAACAGUACAUCUUUGUUGCCGGGAGUCUCACUAGGAUAUAAGAUUUAUGACUCCUGUGGCUCUAUGGCUAUGGGAGUGAGUGCAGCCAUGGCAUUAAGUAAUGGUUAUGACCACACCACCUCUGAAGGACCCUGCACCGAAUCAGCCCAGGUUCUGGCUAUCAUAGGGGAGACGUCUUCCUCACCUUGUAUGGCUAUCGCAACCAGCAUCGGACCUUUUCGCAUUCCAAUGAUCAGUCACUACGCCACAUGUGCAUGUCUUAGUGACAAAAGCAAAUAUCCAUCAUUUCUCAGAACCAUUCCCAGUGACUACUACCAGAGUAGAGCACUGGCUGAGCUGGUAAAGAAGUUUGGCUGGACAUGGGUUGGUGCCAUCAGAACGGAUGACGACUAUGGAAACAAUGGGAUGGCCACGUUCCAAGCAGCUGCUGAACAGAUGGGUAUUUGCCUGGAGUAUUCUAUGCCCUUCUUCAGAAAUUAUCCACAAAAAAAGGUGUUGCAGCUGGUGGAGCAGGUGCGUUUGUCCACCUCACGGAUAGUGGUGGCAUUCCUCUCCCAUCUGGACCUGGAGGUGUUGCUGGAUGUAUUUGCUGAACACGACCUAGUAGGAUAUCAGUGGGUCGGCACUGAAGGGUGGAUCUCAGACUCUUACAUCGCCAGUUUGGACCGUCAUCACAUCCUAAGUGGGGCCAUAGGGCUGUCCAUACCCAAAGCACAGGUAACAGGUUUGAAAGACUUCAUCCUGGAUAUACAGCCACUGAAUUCUUCAGGCAAUGCCAUUUUCACUGAUCUCUGGGAGGCUUUGUUUAAGUGUAAAUUUACCCCUCUGAAUAAAUCUGUGGAGAAAACAUGCACUGGCCAAGAGGAUUUGUCUGGAGUCAAUAAUAUUUUCACAGACAUGUCUUUGACACCCAUCUUUAAUAACGUCUACAAGGGCGUGUAUGCUGUGGCUCACGCGCUGCAUCAGGCACUAAACUGCAAAGACACAUGUGUUGCCAAGGGGCAACCUGAACCACAUAUGAUGUUAAAACAACUGAAAAAAACAAGAUUUAAGACUAAAGAGGGAGAGGAGGUGUUUUUUGAUGCAAAUGGAGACCCUGCUGCUAAAUAUGAGAUAAUAAACUGGCAGCCAAGAAAAGAUGGGCAGCUUGGGUUUGUGACAGUGGGACUUUAUGAUGCUUCUUUAGCUGCCAAUAGCCGACUGACAGUAAAUGGAGGAUCCAUUCUAUGGACUAAAAAUGCUACAGAGGUACCUGUGUCUGUGUGCAGUGAGAGCUGUCCCCCAGGCACCAGGAAGGCUGUGCAGAAGGGCAAGCCUGUCUGCUGCUACGACUGUAUACCGUGUGGAGAGGGAGAGAUCAGCAAUGAAACAGACUCCAUCACCUGUGUUCUUUGUAAUGAAGAAUACUGGUCCAACAGACAAAGAGUUACAUGUUUGAGGAAAGAAACUGAGUAUCUGUCCCACAAAGAGAUUAUGGGGAUACUACUCACCAUUUUCUCAGUGAUUGGAACCUGCUUGACAUGUGUAGUAGCCAUUAUAUUUUUUAAGUACAAGCGCACUCCACUUGUUAAAGCCAACAACUCUGAACUGAGCUUUCUGCUUCUGUUUUCACUAAUGCUGUGUUUCCUUUGUUCUCUUACUUUCAUUGGUCGGCCCUCUCAGUGGUCCUGUAUGUUGCGUCACACAGCGUUUGGGAUCACCUUUGUUCUCUGCAUCUCCUGUGUUCUGGGGAAAACAAUGGUGGUGUUAAUGGCCUUCAGAGCCAGUCUUCCAGGCACUGAUGUCAUGAAGUGGUUUGGGCCUCUGCAACAGAGACUCAGCGUUCUUGGCUUCACUCUCAUACAAGUCCUUAUAUGUGUCCUUUGGUUAACUAUAUCCCCUCCAUUCCCAUACAAGAAUAUGCAUCACUACAAGGAAAAGAUCAUUCUAGAAUGUGAUGUUGGAUCAGCUGUUGGAUUCUGGGCUGUGCUGGGAUACAUUGGACUCCUUGCUGGCUUGUGUUUCAUACUGGCUUUCCUGGCUCGUAGGUUGCCUGAUAAUUUCAAUGAAGCCAAAUUCAUCACAUUCAGUAUGCUGAUAUUCUGUGCAGUCUGGAUCACCUUCAUACCAGCUUAUGUCAGCUCUCCUGGGAAGUUUACUGUGGCAGUGGAGAUAUUUGCAAUACUGGCGUCUAGCUUUGGUGUCCUCUUCUGCAUUUUUAUACCAAAAUGUUAUAUAAUUCUAUAUAAACCAGAUAAAAACACCAAACGACACCUCAUGGGAAAAAUGCCCUCAAAGGCUCUCUGA